AACACAAGACCGGCAUGGUUGUCCAAUCAGUGCCGCGUGCCUAAAGAAAAAUUACCACUGGAGGACAAGAGAGAACAAACUCCUGUCUACACAAUGGCGGCUUUUUCGUUUGCAUGUAGAUCGAUUCCAAAACUGCUAGAUGAAAACAUUAAAAAUAACUGGGACAUUAACAAUACUAGCAUUUAAAGGUGACUUUGAAGUUGGUUAUGAGAUAAUAAAGGAAUUCGAGCUGAUUUUUUCUUAAAGGCUUGAGGCAAUCAACUUUACUCGUUCCUAAAAACUGUAGUAAUAGACGCACAGUUGUUUGUUCGCUUUUAAUUCUCACUACGAUGACUUUCCUUCAUUUAGUCUAAACUUGAUAUUUAGCUCAACCUUGAAAUGAUUCCAGACUGUAAAACGAAUUCUGAAACUCGUGUUGCAAAAUAUUUAAAUGCGUUUGCAACAAUGCUGCAUUUUAGCAACAUUCAUUGUUUUUUUAUCCCCGAAGCACACGCAGUUGCUUUGUUUUGCAUUUCACAUUGGUCACAUUUAAUUUGCAAGUACUUAAUUCAGUGUGGCAGCUGUUCUCGUCGCCGUAUAUUUCCGCGAAAGUACGAUUUUUGUCAAUUUACAAGGCAUAUUUGAAAUAUACUGGUUGUGUAUUCGUCGAAUGCAAAAUGUACGGCUUGCUUUGUGAGAACCUCCGCAACAUGAUCAUGCAAAAACAUGGUGAAAAUGUCUGGUUUCAAGUCCGCGAUAUGGCAGGUAUCAAAAGCCAGUCUUUCGUCUUGCAUAACGUAUACAGCGAUUCGCUGAUUGCAUGCAUGGCUCAAGCCUAUGCAGAUAUAACAUCACAGUCUCUCGACGGCGUAAUGCACGAACUUGGCGUUUCGUUCGUUUCGUUUGUCGAAACAAAUGGAUACAACCAAUUACUGAAAGUUCUUGGUCGUAACAUGCGCGAUUUUCUCAAUGGAUUGGACAGCUUGCACGAAUAUCUUCGAUUUAGUUACACAAAGCUAAAGCCGCCUUCGUUUUUCGUGGAAAUGGAAACAGCUCGAGGAAUGAUUCUUCACUACAGAUCCAAGCGAAUUGGCUACCUCCAUUAUGUUGCUGGACAAAUUGAGGAAGUUGGUCGCAAGUUUUAUAAUCUGAAAGUAGAAACCGAAGUUUUGCAUUAUAAACUAGAUGAAAAUGGCUGUCAUGUCAUAAUGAACUUAAUGUUUGAUAACAAAGGGUAUAUACAACAGCUGGAAUCAGAAGAAAAUUCUCUCUGUGGUCUCUUUCUAGAUAUAGACAUGUUCUUUGACAUUUUUCCUUUUUAUGUCAUGUACGACCGUGGUUUAGAAAUUGUUGGUGUUGGCAACGGACUUAGGAAUGCUAUGCCAACUGAUGCUGUUCUGGGGAAAAAACUUACAGACGUGUUUCAUGUCAUUCGCCCGACAUUCGAAUUCACGUGGAAAAACGUCAUUCAUACUAAUGUGAUCUUUGAGCUACUUUCUAAGACGUCAUCAUCAAAAGAAGGCGGAGAUGUGAAUGCGGAUGGCCAAGAACCUUUGAAGCGCACGAACAGAAACAGCCAAAACCUUGAUGGCUUGCAUUUAAAAGGUCACAUGAUGUUUAUUCAAGUGCUAGAAAUGAUGCUGUUCUUAGCAUCACCUGUCUUGGAUAGUCUGGACACAAUGCAUAACAUGGGUGUUUUCGUAAACGAUUUGGCUUUGCACGAUUCAUCGAGAGAUCUCGUGUUACAGACGGUUCAUCAGUCAGCUGAGCUAAAGCACGCUUUGGACAGUGAACGCUCGAAAAGCAAUCUUCUAGAAGAUAGUGUACAGUGCUUGGAAAUGGAGAGAAAAAAGGCGGACUCGUUGCUGUAUCGCAUGAUACCAAAGCAAAUAGCAGAAAGGCUGAGACAAGGAGAGUCAGCUUUGGAUACAUGUGAGACGUUUGAAAAUGUGACAAUCCUCUUCAGUGACGUGGUUGGCUUCACAAAGAUCUGCACAAAAAUUUCGCCAAUGGAUGUUGUCACCCUGCUCAACUCGAUGUACAUAAAGUUCGAUCAAUUAAGUGUAAGAUAUCGUGUUUAUAAGGUUGAGACUAUCGGCGAUGGUUAUAUGUUGGCUGGCGGUAUUCCAACAAGAACCCGGAAGCAUGCCGAUAAUGUUGCUGACAUGGCUUUGAAAAUGCUGAAGGUGAUCAAGUCAAUACCGAACCCGGAUUCAAGUGAGCCCGGAAAACAUAUAGAAAUCCGCACCGGCAUCCAUUCUGGUAUGGUCGUGGCUGGUGUUGUUGGAGUGAAAAUGCCUCGUUAUUGCCUCUUUGGUGAUACCGUGAAUAUUGCAUCUAAGUUAGAAUCAAAUGGAUCUCCUAAUGCGUGCCACAUCAGUGAGACGACAUUAAAGGCACUUACCCCUGGAAAGUAUUAUACAAUGCCAAGAGGGAGCAUGGAUGCAAAGCAAGGGAUUUGCAUCAAAACACAUUGGCUGAUGGGAUUGGCGGGUGAUCAAGAUGUUAACUUGGAUCCGGGUGACACAUUAUCGAUUGUGCGGCCGUCGUCCCGGAAUCAACCAGAUCCUAUACCGGUAUUUUCUGCUGCAUGUCAAAGAAUCAUAUCUAGGCCUUAUACUGCUAACACCCCGGACGAAGGUGAUUUGGUCGGAUCACCAUCAAACUUGCUGUCACAGUUCACAUUUCAGGAAAUGGAGCGCUACAUCCGAGAAAAUGAUGUCGACAUUUUCUCCUCGUCUGGAAAUUUAACACCUGAAAAUCUUAGAGUCUCUCAAGAUCUCCACCGUUUAAGCUCUGAAAACUCAAUUUCAAAAAGUCCUGAUGCAGUUUCAGCCAGGUCGCUCUUGUCUGUGCAGAAUCGGGACCAGAUGCAAGCAGCGGAAGAAGACAGUCGAAUCUCGUAUAGCACGUCACCGCAAAGUGCUACUGAUAACGAGGCUGACUCUGAAGAAAAGAACAAUACCCCUAAAGUGGAUAAACCGGUAAUAAAAAGUACUAACAGGACACAUAAAAAUUGUUUGUUAUUGUAGUUCUAAAAGCCUUUAGGUUCUAAAAAUAAAGUGGGAAAUGCUAUAAAGAUAUCUGGUUAUUCUUUUGCUUAUUAUUCAUUAUUUUUUUUCUAAUAAUAUAAGAUUGGUUAUUCUAUUGCUUAAAGAGUUUCUCAACCAUUUAGAUGUUUUACCUAUAUGAUAGUAUCCUUUCCGAAUAUGAUGUUGUUGUUGUUUCUUGCUGUUGUUGUUGUUUCUGUUAUUUUGGAGCUGUUGUUGUUGUAUAUUGCAAUUGUGGUUGCGGUCAUUCAUGUCACUUUUGUUCUGGCUUCUGUUUUUGUUUCUAGUUUUUUCUUUGUUUUUAACGUGAUCUAUAUCCAAGGUUCAUCGUCAAUAAGCUAGGCUUUAAACAAUUUCUACCUACGUUUCUCUGAACCCUCGACUAUGGUUUUUGUAUAGAUCUCUCCUCCGCAGCUUACUACAAGCUUCAACAGACUGCACUUGAAAGAUUUUUCUAUCAUUCAUUUAUACUAAAUCUUGCUAAGAAGUGGGAAAUUAGGCCACUCUCCGCCAGCCUUAAGAAUCCAAAAAGUGUUUACUUUCCUACGGAUGAUACAUUUAAGCUCUGAAAACCUUCCAAAGAGAGGCAAUAAAACAAUGUGGGUUUUGGGUGUGACUCCUUCAGUUUUUUGUUUUCUUAUAAACAGAGGGCAGAACAUCAAACCGAAACUAUACUAUAAGGACAAUAAAUAAGAAUACGGACAAAGAACUACUUUAUGUUCAAUUUAUACUCCAUCUUUCCUCUUUAAUGUCCCUGCAUUGUUUGUUUGUUACAAAAAGGAGUUGUCACUGGUCCUGUAAUGGUCCUGGAAUGAGGGAGCAUAAAAGCUUUGGGGUCUCAAUAUGCUAAUAGUUAAACGCAAGAAAAUUUUUCGUAUGGUUUUAGAAUAAUUUGGAAAUAAUUGGGAGGCCCACUCAGUCUCCUGUGUCCCUGCGGUCCCUUGACAAUUUCAGUAGUCCUGAAUGAAAAAGCUAAUACGAUUUCAGUAGUCCUGAGUGUCCUCUUUUGUUGUAAAUUCAUUGCUUUCUGGAUUGUACCAGGCAUGCUCAGUUAGUUAAGGCCAAAUUAUGCUAGUGUAAAUUGUUAUGUUCAAAAUAUUUUUUAUUUCUGAAGCAAAUCAGAGAAUGAUAGUAGUUUGGUUUAUACUCCAAAUUCAAACAGAUUCGCAAAUUCUGUUUUCAACGUAAAACAUUUAUUGUCAUUUGAAUAUCCUCAAAUUUGGCCAUAAUUUCCUUUAAUUUAUGC